UCACACUUAGAUCUCACCUUUCAGAGGCUUUACCACCAUAUUCACAUGAUCACAACCAAAACACAAUCAUUUACCUUUAGUUUGGCUUAGCUCUCACUCCUCCUCUCUCAAUUUCAACAACUGAUCGUCCUCUCUGAAGCUGCAUUUCAGUCUCUCUUUUCUUCAACCUCAGCUUCCAUCCUUUACACUAAUUCAUCUCCUCUUUGAAAUCCCACUGACAUUUUCCUGUCUGCAAAAAACCCAUCUCCCUCUCUCUUCUCCAUACUAUUAACAAUGAGUACACAGGCUCCCAAAUCGUCAAAACCCACAAAACCCCCAAACCAAAACCAAUCCACCUCAAGAUCCUCUUCUAUUUCCACCCACUUAGCCAUGGUAGAGCUCAAGCAACGAAUCCUUAUCGCUCUCUCUAAGCUUGCCGACCGUGACACCCAUCAGAUCGCCCUUGAAGACCUUCACUCUAUUAUCCAAUCUAUAUCACAUGAAGCGCUUCCUAUGCUUCUCAAUUCCCUCUAUGACUCCCUUUCUGACUCCUCCAACGCCAAACCAUCCGUCAAGAAAGAAUCAUUGCAUUUGCUCUCUCUGACUUGCCAGUCUCAUCGCGAUUUGACGUUGCCCCAUUUGUCGAAAAUCAUUUCCCACAUUGUUAAGAGACUGAAGGAUUCUGAUUCUAGCGUUAAGGAUGCGUGUAGAGAUGCUUUUGGGAUUUUGUCACGGUUGUAUUUAAGGAGUGGUAGUGGUGGAGAGGGAAGUGGAGAUAGUAAUGGAAUGGGAUCCGUGAUGGGGUUGUUUGUUAGGCCGCUGUUUGAGGCGAUGGGGGAGCAGAACAAAGGCGUUCAAUCAGGUGCGGCAGUGUGUAUGGCAAAAAUGGUGGAGUGCGCGGCUAAAAACGAGAAUGAUGCUGGCGGGAAUGCUGUCAGUGGAAAUGUCCCGAUUGCCGCAUUCCAGAAGUUGUGUCCAAGAAUUUGUAAGUUGUUGAAUGGACAAAAUUUCCAGGCGAAGGCUGCUUUGUUGGGGGUUGUGACAAGUUUGGCGCAGGUGGGAGCAAUUGCACCACAAGGGUUUGAGCCAUUGCUGGAAAGCAUUCGUGACUGCCUUAGGAGUACAGACUGGGCAACGCGAAAGGCUGCAGCUGAUGCUCUAAGUGCCUUAGCAUUGCAUUCAAGCAGCUUCAUUGCUGAUGAAGCUGCUAAUUCCAUGCUGACAGUGCUUGAGGCUUCCCAUUUUGACAAGAUAAAACCUGUCAGAGAGAGUAUGACAGAGGCAUUGCAAUUAUGGAAGAAGAUUGCAGGAAAAGCAGAAGAUGGUGUUUUGGAUGGUCAAAAGGCUUUCUCUUGUGAUGGUCAACAUCCUGAACAAGCAAACUUGCCAGACAAGGUUUCAAACCCUAGUGACCAGAAAACAGAACCAUUGGUGAGGGAAUCAUCUAGUAGUUCUUCCCCAAAUACGGAUUCUGUUUCUAAAAAUAAAACUAGCAUUCUUGACAAAGCAGUUGUAAUAUUGAAGAAGAAAGCACCUGCUUUGACAGACAAAGACUUAAACCCUGAAUUCUUCCAAAAACUUGAAAGAAGUGAGGCUGGUGAUCUUCCUGUAGAAGUUGUUGUUCCUCGUAGAUGUAUCAAUUCCUCAAAUUUGAACAAUGAGGAAGAACUGGAGCCAAAUGAUUCUGAAUCAAGGGGAAGGUCUACCCGCAUUGGAAAUAGUCAAUUGGAUGAUGCCCAUGGAUCUUUCAGUAACAAGUACCGUAACAUUGAGAGAGGAAUUGUUGGGAAAGAUUCAAGAGCUAGAACUUUUGACAAUGACAAGCUUGAUGUGAACUAUAGGGAAUCAUCUGGUAGUCGUGCAGGUCUAUCUAAAUCUGAUGGCCAAUCUGAAGGAAGCUCCAUAAAUAGUAAAGGGAACUGGUUGGCUAUCCAGAGGCAGCUAUUGCAAUUGGAGAGACAACAAGCUCAUCUCAUGAAUAUGCUGCAGGAUUUCAUAGGGGGUUCUCACAAUAGCAUGGUGACUUUGGAAGACAGAGUUAGGGGUCUUGAGAGAAUAGUUGAAGACAUGGCACAUGAUUUGUCAAUAUCAUCAAGCCGGAGAGGUAGUAAUUUUCCUUCAGGUUUUGAGGGAACUUCUAAUAGACCUGUAGGAAAGUACAAUGGCUUCUCUGAUUACUCCAGUGGCAAGUAUAAUGCACGUGUUCCUUUUGGGGAAAGAUUUAUACAGUCUGAUGUGACUGCUGCUGGCAUGAGAGGAAAGGGCCCUAAUUGGAGAUCUGGUGUGUCUGAUGCUUUGGAGUUUCCAACUUAUGGUGCUUCCAGAAGUGGACAGGUUAACUCGAGGAGAGCUCCAGGUAAUGCUUCUCUAGAUGUUAGAUCUCCUAAAUCAGAAACUGAAAGUGAUCAGGUGGGCAGCCGGAGAGCCUGGGAUAAAGGUGCUGGACCUGUUAGGCUUGGUGAGGGGCCUUCAGCUCGAAGUGUCUGGCAAGCCUCUAAGGAUGAAGCUACCUUGGAAGCCAUUCGGGUUGCUGGGGAGGACAAUGGGUUAACUCAGACUGCAAGAGUAGCCAUUCCUGAGUUGACAGCAGAAGCCCUGGAAGAUGAUAAUGGUGGCACACAAGAGCGAGAUCCUAUUUGGGCAUCUUGGAGUAAUGCAAUGGAUGCCCUUAAAAUAGGUGAUACGGAUACAGCUUAUGCCGAAGUUCUAUCUACGGGGGAUGAUUUCCUGCUUGUGAAGCUUAUGGACAGAUCAGGUCCUGUGGUUGACCAACUUUCAAAUGAGACAGCGUGUGAGAUCUUGCAUGCUAUUACACAGUUUCUACUGGAGCAGAACAUGUUUGACAUCUGUUUGUCUUGGAUUCAACAGUUGGUAGAAAUAUUGUUGGAAAAUGGACCUGAUACCCUGGGCAUUCCCAUGGAAUUGAAGAAGGAGCUUCUGUUGAAUUUGCAUGAAGCUUCUACAGAAAAUGAUCCAGCUGAAGAUUGGGAAGGGGCAACACCUGAUCAACUCUUGAUGCAAUUGGCAUCAGCCUGGCGAAUUGAACUGCAACACUAGUCACUUAACUGCGUCGUCCUUGUUAUUAUGAAUUUUGUAGAGACCUUUUUGAACGAGUGAUUAUUUGCCCAAAAAAGUCAGUUUUACAAUUAAAAUGUAAAUGAACAUACAAAAGCUGCCCAACAAAUUUGCAGUCUGGAAUUUUGCAUUCAUAUUAUUAUUGUUAUUAUUUAAUAAUUCAUUCGCACUGGUAA